AUGAAUGCCACAACUUCACCUACCUCCUCGGAGAUAACAUCCGUGGACAACCUCGACGAAACAAUUGGGAACAUAGCUCGGCAAGUCACGCAAACGUCAAACCGUGAUCCCGGACACAGCACAAACACAAAUAACGCUAUCAAUCCACAAAAGGGAAGUAACCUCGAUCCUUUCUCGCCUGCAUUCGACGUAAAGGCCUGGACCCGGGCGUUCAUCGACGUCUUCGAUGCCGACCCCAACGCCGCGCCUCACCGGGCAGUCGGUGUUGCCUACAGGGACCUGAGUGUCUGCGGUUCCAGCACGGGGAGUCAAUACCAGAAGACUGUUGGAAACAUCUUGCUAAGCACGGUCACAUCCCUCUUUGAACAAUUGACCGGCAGAGCCAAGAAUCAGGUUAAGAUUCUCGAUGGGUUCGAGGGAAAGGUCGAGCCGGGCGAAAUGCUCCUCGUGCUUGGGCCGCCUGGUUCAGGAUGCUCGACUCUGCUCAAGACGCUUGCAGGACGAAAAGAGGGUCUGGAAGUCUCCAAGGAGUCUCACAUCAGCUAUCGAGGAAUCGACCCGGCUGACAUGCACACUCGCUUCAGAGGCGAUAUCAUGUACAACGCCGAGCUCGACGUCCACCUCCCCGCACUAACGGUUGGCGACACCCUCGAAUUCGCCGCACGAGCACGAGUACCCUCUGUCGUCCCCGGUGGUUUCUCUCCAAAGCAGUUUGCGCGCAUUCUACGAGACGUAACCAUGGCCAUGUUCCGCAUUACCCAUACCAUCAACAGCAAGGUUGGCAACGAUUAUAUACGCGGUGUGUCAGGGGGUGAACGAAAGCGUGUUAGUAUUGCCGAGGCCGCUCUGGUACGGGCCAAGUUGCAAUGCUGGGAUAAUAGCACCCGUGGCCUUGAUAGUGACAAUGCGCUAUCUUUCUGCGAGACCCUUCGAGUACAAGCCGAUAUCAUGGACAUUGCGGCGGUGGUUGCGAUUUAUCAGGCUCCCCAGUCGGCUUAUGAUGUCUUUGACAAUGUCACCGUCUUAUAUGAAGGGCGGCAGAUCUUCUUCGGACCUACGAAGGAUGCGAGAAGAUACUUUGAAAGCUUAGGAUUUGAAUCCCCUGAGCGACAAACAACAGCAGAUUUCCUGACCUCCAUGACAUCUCCCCACGAACGCCGAAUUCGAUCCGGUUGGGAAUCUCAGGUCCCAAGAACAGCAGCCGAAUUUGCUACUCGCUGGCAGGAGUCUAAAGAACGCAAAGCCCUGCUGGCUCAGCUUUCCGCCUAUGACCAAGACCAUCCACGAGAGGAGCGGCUACAGCAUUUCUCCGCCAGCCACAAAGCCGAACGCAGCAAGGCUCAACGCCUCAAGUCUCCUUACACCAUUCCAUAUCUUCGUCAAGUCCAGCUAUGCCUGUGGCGAAGCUGGAAGCGCUUGGUAGCGGACCCUGGCUUCACCAUUGCCCAGCUACUCUUCAACCUCGUUAUGGGCUUUGUGCUGGGCAGUAUGUUUUAUAAACUUCGUGACGACACGAGUAGUCUCUAUUACCGUGGUGGUUUGAUCUUCUUCGCCAUGUUGUUCAACGCGUUUGCAAGCGAGCUGGAAGUCCUCACCCUCUAUGCCCAGCGCCCCGUGGUGGAGAAACACAACCAGUAUGCUCUUUAUCACCAGUCAGCUGAAGCCAUUGCGAGCUACGUUAUGGAGCUUCCAUACAAGACGACCAAUACCAUUGUCUUCAAUCUCAUUCUUUACUUUCUGGCCCAGCUUCGGCAGGAUGCCGGGGCGUUCUUCUUCUUUGUUCUUACUGCCUAUCUCAUCCUGCUGACCAUGUCAGGAGUAUACCGUACGGUGGCAUGUAUUACCAGGACCUCACACCAGGCAAUGGUACCGUCCGCUAUCCUUACCCUCGGCCUGAUGCUUUACAGUGGGUUCACUAUCCCUGUUGGUUCUAUGAGGGGCUGGGCACGAUGGAUCAACUAUAUCAACCCCCUCGCGUAUGGCUUUGAAGCACUGAUGGUGAACGAAAUGCACGGUCGACAGUUUCCCUGUGCCAGUAUCGUUCCAUCUGGACCUGGGUAUAGCCACUUGACUAGUUCUCAGAGCACUUGCGCCGUCGUUGGGGCUGUUCCCGGUGCUACGACUGUCAAUGGAGACAGAUAUCUGGGGGAUACCUACCAGUACUACUACGCUCAUAAGUGGAGGAACAUCGGAAUACUCUUCGGUUACACGAUUUUCUUCUUCUUCACCUACAUUUUGAGUGCAGAGUAUGCUCGUCCUGCGCCCAGUCGGGGUGAAAUACUGGUCUUCCGUCGCGGGGCAUCUUUUCCUACCAAGCAGCACCAAAACGACGAGGAGCUCCAGUCCACUGGCCAUCAACUUGUUGAGAAGCCUUCCACGCCGUCCAUGCCGCAAAGCACACCCUCCUCCAAGCAGCCAGCACCUAGCGUAUGUGGCAAAUCAGUCUUCCACUGGGAAGACAUUUGCUAUGACAUAAUGAUCAAGGGUAAAGAGCGAAGAAUCCUGGAUCAUGUUGACGGGUGGGUACAGCCCGGAGUGACGACUGUUCUCAUGGGCGCCUCGGGAGCCGGCAAGACGACACUCCUCGACACACUGGCAGGUCGAAUCUCGGUCGGGGUACUAAGCGGCGAUACCCUGGUCAACGGUAUACCGACUGGUCGCUCAUUUCCCCAUCAGAUCGGUUACGUCCAGCAGCAGGACCUUCACCUCAACACCAUGACGGUCCGUGAAGCACUAGAAUUCAGCGCUGUACUUCGCCAAAGCGAUAGCAUCCCUCGAGAGGAAAAGCUGGCCUACAUCGACGAAGUUGUCUCAGUCUUGGAGAUGUCCGAGUAUAUCGAUGCUAUCAUUGGCGUGCCUGGCGAAGGCCUGAAUGUGGAACAACGUAAGCGUCUAACAAUUGGGAUCGAGCUAGCUGCCCGGCCCCAGCUUCUCAUCUUCUUUGACGAGCCAACGUCUGGACUCGACUCACAAACAUCUUGGGCUAUUUGCGAUUUGAUUGAAAAGCUUGCUAGGAGUGGGCAAGCUGUUUUGUGCACUAUUCAUCAACCCUCGGCGAUGCUCUUUGCUCGGUUUGACAGGUUACUUUUACUGCAACCGGGCGGCAAAACGGUUUACUUUGGUGAGAUCGGUGACAACAGUCGGACCAUGAUCGACUAUCUCGAGAGGAACGGUGCAUUGCCUUGUCCGCCGGAGGCGAAUCCCGCCGAAUGGAUGCUCAAGACAACUCUCCCGUCUGCUGAUGGCCCACAAUGGUUUGACGUCUGGCAGGCCUCACCAGAGUAUUCAGACAUGAAGCAGGAGCUUAUUAGAUUGCGUUCAAUGGAACCUGCGGCUAAUUCCGAUGCGCUCUCCUCCGCCAACACUUCUCACGAGGGCGAAUUUAUCGUCUCAGUUACGACGCAGCUUCGCGAGGCAUUCCUACGUAUGGCCAAGCACUUUUGGCGAUCUCCCGUCUAUAUCUGGUCAAAACUCUCAGUCACCAUUCUUUUUUCUCUCUUCAUUGGCUUUAGCUUCCACGCCGACAAUAGUCUUCAAGGCCUUCAGGAUCAGCUAUACUCGGUCUUCAUGUGUGUCCUCAUCUUCAACCCAUUCAACAAACAAAUCAUGCCCAUGUUUGUACCGCUUCGUGCUCUUUACGAGGUUAGGGAGAGGCCCUCGAGGAUUUAUCGCUGGACAACAUUUAUCCUCUCUCAUGUCCUAAUCGAGCUCAUCUGGAACACCCUCGCUGCCGCCAUCUUCUUCUUCUGCUGGUACUACCCCGCUGGCUUCGUUCGUAAUACGACUUCAGAUGAUAUCCACAUUCGUGGCUUCACCGUAUUUCUCUUCCUUUGGCAACUUAUCCUCUGGAUAUCGACUUUCUCUCAGCUUGCUAUCUGCGCUAUCGAAACGGCCGACCUGGCAGGUGUCCCAGCCUCGCUCGUCUCUGUUCUCUGUAUGGCCUUCUGCGGCGUCGGGGUGGCUCAGACCGAUCUCCCUUCUAUCUGGCGCGACUUCAUGUAUCACGUGUCUCCAAUGACAUAUCUCGUCAGUGGUGCUCUUACAACAAGCUUGCAUGGGUCAAAUGUGACGUGUAUCUCUACUGAGAUAGUGCGCGUUCCUGGUCGAGAGGGUCUCGAUUGUAGCUCCUUCUUGGCCGCUUUUGUCGAACAGGCGGGAGGUUACCUGAUUAAUCCCGAAUCGAGAGGCGAGUGUCAGUAUUGCCCAAUGGCAACGACGGAUCAGUACUUGUUGCAGUUCAGUAUGAAGUAUGAUGAGAGAUGGAGGAACUUUGGUAUUGGUUGGGCCUAUAUCAUCUUCAACAUUGCUGCAACCUGUGGCUUGUAUUGGCUGGCCCGAGUUCCUAGGCGUUAG